AUGGCAUGUCCGAGAACAUGUCGGCGAAGCAUCGCUGUGAGCGUGGUCUUCCUGUUGUCUGUGGUGCUGGCCAUCUCUUUGAACUCCAAGAUCGCCACAUCGAAAAGUUUCACUCGGCCACUGCUCACCUUAGUGCACAGCCGAGACCCUGUCCGAACCACGACGCAGGCGACACAAGAUGACAUAGAUUCUCAAAUGACGCACGACGAGGUCUCUGAGAAUUGGACGGCCUGGUCAUUUGAGAGCUCAGAGCAGAACCUGGAUCCAUCUCCCGACAGAGGCACCAGUCCUGUACCUGACACAAUUCACUCAACGACUGGCGCUCCGGUCAUGGUCAAUGUCCCGUCCCACGCCGAAGCCUUCUGUCGCUGUGCCCAGCUGGGCGGCACGACGCCGCCGGAGGGCCUUGAGAACUGGGCGGAGGUGGAGUUGCAGAAGCUUCUGAAAGAGAUGCGGGAGCGGCUGCGGCUGUACAUCUAUCCCACCGACUUCCAUUGCGACCAACGUAGGCCCAAAAACACCAAUCGCGGGUAUAUGGCGGAGUGGAACUUCUACGAUCGAGCGCGGAAGUCCUCGUUGCGAGUUCAAGACCCUGAGAAUGCCAGCAUCUACUACAUUCCAACCUUUACAAGUUGCUGGCGGUCACAAGGUAGGAGCAGAGGAGAAGGAGGACAGCAAGCAGGAAAGCGCAUGCAGCAAAUGCUGAAGGAUGUGGCAUCCAACUUUCCCUUUUUCCAGAGGAACCAUGGACAGCGGCACAUUUGGGUCUCCGCUCAUGACAUGGGCAAAGCCGAGCCUCUGCUUGUUGGAUGCAAACAGAACACUGGUCCUAGCUUGUGCAGCGAUGCUGCACUGAGUUUGACAGAGAUGUUGGCGAAGAACAGUUCCGCCUUGGUCAACACGGCGGACGAUGCCGAGCACACGAAGUUGGAGAGCUUCGCCGCGUACGGCUUCAACAGGCACUUAGACGUGCCCUUAGUCUGCAAUGGUGAUACAUCUUUCGCUUCAAGGGGUGCUCGAGUGCCUCUCACGGGGCGUCCACGAAAGAAUUCCGUCUUCUUUGCUGGACGAUGGGAUCAGAACUACGUCCCCGUGCGCUUCAUUGCCAUCAGGAGCAUUAUGGAAGCAAAGCUGCAUAAACCAACGAGUUUCAACAAGAAGAUUGGCCCUCAGGCCUACGAACGGAGCUUGGCCGAGUCGGAUCUGUGCCUGGCGCCGCGCGGCUCGCGGGUGUGGAGCCCUCGGCUCUUCGAGAUGAUUUGGUUCGGUUGCAUCCCCGUGAUCAUUGCUUCAGGGUAUCACCUGCCCGCGUCUUGUUUCUUCGACUGGAGGGAAUUUUCAAUCUUCAUCGAAGACAAAGAUGCUCACAAGGCCGGGCAGAUUCUCAAGACAUACUUGGACGACCCAAAGCGGUUGGAACAGAUGAGGCGCAAAGUCUUCCGAAUUCGGAAGACUUUCAUGUGGCAUGACGAGGACACCAAUGGAGAUGCUUUCGAACUGGCUUUGCUGGAUGUCUACCUUAAGCAGCAAAGACAAUGUGGCUGA